CAAAUUUCUUAGUGCCUUUUUUCCAAUGUCUAUGAACGCAUCUUCAUCACGUGACAGUAGCUGACAGCUCAGAAGGAAACUAACAUGGCGGUGUGCAUAGCAGUGAUCGCAAAAGAGAAUUACCCGCUGUAUAUCCGCAGCGUGCCCACUCAAAAUGAGCUGAAGUUUCACUACACAGUGCACACCUCCCUGGAUGUGGUGGAGGAGAAGAUCUCAGCUGUGGGCAAAUCCUUGGGAGACCAGAGAGAGCUGUACCUGGGUCUGCUCUACCCAACUGAAGACUAUAAAGUAUAUGGGUAUGUUACCAACUCCAAGGUGAAAUUUGUAAUUGUUGUGGACUCAUCAAACACAUCAUUACGGGACAAUGAAAUAAGAAGUAUGUUCAGAAAAUUGCACAACUCUUUUACUGAUGUAAUGUGCAACCCAUUUCACAACCCUGGGGACUCUAUUCAAUCCAAGGCCUUCGAUGGGAUCGUUUCUGGAAUGAUGGUACAAACCGGCUGACUUUCCCUCCCACUGCACAUAACACCCUUCAUUCUUUUGUUUACACAUUGCUUUGAUUGUUAAAAUGGAAAAUUGUAAUAAAACUAAAUGUUAGACAUCUCUA